AUGUUCUAUGGAACUCUCUUUAGCUCAGAAGAUAAUGAGGCCUCGAAAGAGGCUCAACACAAAUGCAGUACCAUCAUCCCUAAAAGAAUCUCUGAAUAUGAUGCUCUCCUCCUCAAAGCCAGGAUCUCUAUACAAGAAAUUACUAAUGCCAUUAAAGCCCUCAAGGAUAAUAAGGCCCCAGGCCCUGAUGGUCUCCUUGUGGAAUUCUACAAAACCAAUCUUGAAUGGGUCAUGCAUGACCUCUAUGACAUAUACAAUGAAUCUCUUGACAAUGGAACCCUGGGGGAAUUCAUUAAUAAAGGGGUCUGGAGGGGUUUGGACAGGGGUUUAAUCUCCUCUUUUCUGCGGCUGGGCAUUUUUUCUGGCCGCCGUCUGGUGCGUGGGUCUCUUGGACGGGGGGCUCAAGGUCGUUUGGGCAUUUGGGCCGACUGCCUUGCCUCUUUCCUUAUUUUGUUUGGUACGUGGGCUCUUUUUUCCAUGGAGAAUCAGGGCCUUGCUUCUUCCCUAGAUUUGGAGAUGGUUUUAGAAGAUGUUGACUACUGGGGCAAGCAUGCUCUUAUAUGCAAAUUUUUGGGCCUUCGUCUCUCUCUUCCUGUGUUGGAGUCCUGGGCACGUUGGGUUUGGAACCCUGAAGGAGAUAUGGAGAUUCUUUUAGCGGCUAAUAACUACUUCCUGGUUAUUUUUUCAAGCAUAGCAGACAGGAAUAGGGCUUUUGAGGGUGGCCCUUAUUUCUUUAACCAAGUUGGGCUCUUCAUCAAGCCUUGGCAUAUGGGCUUCAACUCUACGGAAGAGAUCCCGUCGCGGGUGCCUGUGUGGGUUCGUUUGCCGAGGCUUCCGUUGGAAUUUUGGAGGGAAGAUAUCCUCCACUCAAUCUCUUUACUUCUUGGGAAACCUGUUGGAUCGGCUUCACAGACUCAAGAUCGUAAGGUAAUCUCCUUUGCUUGCAUUUGUGUUGAAGUUGAUUUGAAUAAUCCACUACCAGACUCUAUGGAAAUUUGCAUGGGUUCUUCCUCCUGGAUUCAGCAGCUAGUUUAUGAAACCCUCCCAUUCAGAUGCAGAAUUUGCCAUGAAUAUGGUCAUCUUCAUCGCAGAUGCCCCAGAUUGAAUUCUUCCCCCUUGCCUGCCUCUGAACCUCCUAGGUUGAACAAGGGGAAAGCCCCAGUGUCUGAUGGACCUGUUGAUAAGGAGGGAUUUACCCCAGUUAAAUCCCGUAAUAAAGGCAAAGGCAAGAAGAGACCUUGGAUGGAUAGACAGAAUGAUGACACAUUUAACAUGUUUGAGGUUCUGGAUAGCGUAGUCCAAGAAGAUGGUAUUCCAACUGAGCUUUCUUCUGGGGUUAAGGGUCAAGUAGAGAAUCAAGAGGUGGUUGCAAGGAAGGAGGAGCCGAUUCUAUCGUCAGGGGUUCAACAGGUUUGUCAACCGGCUUUGGACUUGCUCUCUCAUGUUCAGAAUAUUGGUGGCCUCCAGGAGUCACAGAUUAUGGUGGGUAAUGCUAGCUUGGCUCCUUGUCCGGAAGCUUUGAAGGCAUCUGCGUAUCCUGUGAAGGGUGCUAAGGCUCCUCCUGCCUUAGGCUUGCAUCAAAAACAUUUUAAAAAGGGGCCUCUAGAUAAGCAGUCAAGGAGUGGAAGGAAGACUGAUCAAGAGAAGGUCAAGAUUAUGGGGGAUACUUUGGUUGAGUCUGGACAAAAGGUUGUUCGCAGAUUAAUCGAGUCUCAGGCUCCGGAUGUGGUAUUCAUUCAGGAAACCAAGCUUUCAGUGGAUGGUUUGAAUAAUUGUGCUCUGCGUAUCUGGCCCCAAGGCUAUUGGCAGGGGGUGGGGGCGUUGGGCAGUUCUGGGGGGGUGGCUUGCUUUUGGAACCCAAGGAAAAUCUCCCCCUUAUGGUGGGUCUCUAGUCGGUCUUCUAUCUCUAUGGUUGCCUCCAUUUUUGAAACUGGCGAAAGAUGUCUUUUCUCCAAUAUUUAUGCUCCUACUGAUCUUCCAAGUAAGACACACCUUUGGGAUCAUAUCAAUUUUGUCCGUUCUCUGGACCCGUUUCUCCCAUGGAUUUUGGCUGGUGACUUUAAUGCUAUUAUUAGUAUGGAUGAAAAACGAGGAGGGUUAGCCAGGCUUGAUCCUUCCUCUCUUUUGCUCAGAGAUAAUAUUGGUCUCCUUAACCUUGUUGACGUGAAGCCAAUCAAUGGAGUUUUUACUUGGAAUAAUAGGCGAUGUGGUGAUGAGGCUAUCUCAGAACGACUUGAUAGAUUUCUGGUUUCCUAUUAUUGGAUGAGUAGCAGGUGGACUACCAGUUCUGAUAUCCUAGAUUGGAGGGGAUCUGAUCACUGGCCUAUCAAACUUUGUGUCUCCUCUUAUGGGGUCACCACAAAUCCGUCCUUCAAAUUUCAAUUGAUGUGGUUACGGGAUCACUCUCUUUGGGAUCUGGUGCUGGAUUGGUGGUACGAAGGGCUUCCUGCUCAUGGGAGGGCCAUGUACACUUUUAGCAAACGGCUCCAACAUGUGAAAUAUAGGCUUAAGAGGUGGAAUAAACAAUGUUUUGGGAAUCUGCAUGCUCAGAAACUUGCUACUCAGUCCACGCUGGAUAGUGUCACUCGUCAGAUUCGAGACCAUGGGCUGUCCUCUGACCUUUUGAAUGCUGAGUCCUUGGCCCUUAAGGGCUUAGAAGAGUGGGAGCUUCGGGAGGAGAUUUUCUGGAAGCAAAAAUCUCGUAUUGAUUGGCUUCAGGAGGGGGACAGGAACACAUCUUUCUUCCAUAACUCGGUCAAGGCCCGUAGGCAAGGGAGCUCCUUUUCCAUGCUUGUCUCGAGUGAUGGGACACAACUCUCAUCCUGUGGUAAAAUUUCGAGGGAAGCUGUCAACUAUUUUUCUAAUCUUUUUACUAGGGAGAAUAUUGCUGCUAGAUCCGAGGAGAGGGCUAUCUUGGAUUCUAUUCCUUGCUUGGUCUCAGAUGAGAUGAAUGGGGCUCUUUUGGGUCCAAUACUGAUGCUUGAAUUGGAGAAGGUUGUGUUUAGUAUGAAAAAAGGCAAAGCUCCUGGCCCAGAUGGAUUUCCGAUUAAGUUCUUCCAGGAAUUUUGGGAAAUAAUAAAGUUUGAUCUCCUUGAGGUGGUUCAGGAAUCCCUUAGGAACAAACAAAUGCUUAAGUCUUUGAAUUCUACUUUUCUAGCUCUCAUACCUAAGAAGGAGGGGGCUAAUCGGAUGGAUCAAUUCAGGCCUAUUGCUUUAUGCAAUGUUGUCUACAAGAUCAUCACCAAAUUGAUUGCUGAGAGACUCAAACCUCUCCUUGGUGCUUUGAUUUCUGCUGAGCAGGGAGGUUAUGUGGAAGGGAGACAAAUCUUGGAUGGUGUCGUGAUUGCUACGGAGGUUAUUCACUCUAUGGCUUCCUGUAAGGAGAGGGCGAUGUUCAUUAAGCUUGACAUGGCUAAAGCUUAUGAUUGGGUGAGCUGGGAGUUCCUUCAGAAUAUCUUCUUGGCCUUUGGCUUUAAAGAGGAAUGGGUGAGUUGGGUUCUCAGUUGUGUUACCUCAUCCUCCUUCUCCAUUCUCAUUAAUGGGGAAUCUUCAGAUUGGUUUAGUGCUUCUCGGGGACUCCGGCAAGGGGACCCUCUUUCCCCUUAUCUUUUCAUUAUCAUGGCAGAAGGUCUUGGUAGAUUUAUUAAAUCUCAGGUGCGACAGGGUCGUAUUCACGGCUGUAGCUGGAACAAUGAUCUCCCUCCCUGUUCUCACCUUCAAUUUGUGGAUGAUACUGCAUUGAUGGGCUUGGCUAGAGUUAGUGAGGCAGUGAAUUUCAGGAGAACUUUAGACAUCUACUUGAAAGCUGCUGGUCAGAGUAUUAAUGAUGAUAAAUCUUCCAUUUAUUUCUUUAAUACUCCUCGUCUCAUUCAGUACAGGAUUGCUAGGAUUCUUAGAUUCCAAAUUGGAUCUCUUCCCCUGAUGUACCUAGGGAUUCCUUUGGCUUUGGGACCCCAACGGAGAGAUUUUUGGCAGGGGAUUUUGGAUAAGUUCCGGAGUAAGGUUAGUCAUUGGACUUACAGAUGGCUCUCUUCUGCUGGUAGAGUGCUUCUCCUUAAAACUGUGGUGCAGGCUCUCCCUAUUUAUAGGUGUUGUGUGCAGAUUCCUCCUGCCUCCUUUAUGAGGGAGUUUGAUGCUUUUUCCCGGCAAUUCCUUUGGUCGGGAAACCUUCUUUCUUCGAAGUGGAGUUUAGUCAAGUGGGAGUCUGUCUGUAGGCUGAAGCAUGCUGGGGGCCUUGGCCUUAGGUCUGUGGCUCUUAUGGAAGUGCCGCGGAUUGCUCUGUUGGGCAAAGGUUCUUGCAUAUGGGAUAUUCUUAAGAAGGGAGCUCAGCUUGUUAGGAAUGGUCUCUUCUGGAUCUGUAAUAAUGGAUCUGAUGCUCUUUUUUGGUUGGACUCUUGGGAUGGUCACCCUCCCAUCCUAUCUAGUUUCCCUCAGCUUCUGCCUCUUUGCCAGAUGUUCUCUGAUGCUGGGUGGAUUAAGGUGGAGCAUUUUAAAACUGUUAAGUGUAUUGGUCAUCUGGAGGUGUCUUGCUGGAAGGAUCCGCAAGAGUGGCCUGUGGGCGGUUCUGAGGAGGAUCGGGCAGCUUUGUGUAAGGUCUUGGAAGGUAGGCUAUGCAGCUCUCUGAAGGAGAGGGACAAAUUGGCUUGGAGUCCUAGCCCAAAAGGUAAUUAUACUGUUGCUCAAGGCUAUGCUGUGCUUGAUAGGAAUUUACAUGGUCCUGCUGAGGUGCCUUGGUGGAGAAAGGUCUGGAACAACUUUUCUUGGCCCAAGUGUAACUUCUUUUUAUGGUUGGUUGCCCAGAGGAAAUGUCUCACUUGGGAGAAUUUUCGUAAAAGGGGGUUUCAGGGACCUUCCAUUUGUGUUCUUUGUUUGAGCAGUGAAGAAUGCUCUUCCCACUUGUUCUUCCACUGCCCCUACUCUCAUGAGAUUUGGCACAGAUGGUGGGAGGCUUGGCAUCAUGGUUGCAUUCAUGCUUCCUCCCUUAUUGAGUUUUGGGAGAGUCUGGGCAGGCCUCCUGCGAAGACUCCUUUUCUUCAGGUGGUCUGGUUCAUUGGGCCUAGUUUCAUCCUUUGGAACCUUUGGCUGGAAAGGAACCGUAGAGUUUUUUGUGAUUCCAGAUUGGAUAGCGGUCAACUGUGGACAAAGAUUAUCAAUAGGCUUCAGGAGACUAUUCAUGCUAAAUGUGAUAUGUCCGUAAGCAUUGAUCCUGGGGAUGUUGUGGUUGUGCGAGAUCUGAGCUUGGGUGCUAAUAGUAGGGGUUGCUCUGCUAAUAUUAUGACCCAUCGUGUCAAGAAACGGGUCUGUCGUGAUGGGAGAUGGGCACCUCCUCCUGAUGGGGUCCUGAAGAUUAAUACGGAUGGAUCUUCUCGGGGGAAUCCUGGGCAUGCUGGUAUUGGGGGCAUUGGUAGAAGUAAAGAUGGUGAUGUUGUUUUUUGCUUCUCUGUCUACAAAGGGCUUUACUCUAAUAACCUGAUGGAGGCCCUGGCUAUUAAGACUGCUGUUGAGCGGGGUUGCUCUCUUGGCUGGAGGAGGAUUAUCUGUGAGUCUGACUCUCAGAUUGUUGUGGAUAUGUUGAACAACCAGAGGUUGGAUGGUGUUAGCUGGCAUUUAGCUUUGAUGGUCAGACAGAUUUUAAGUGUAUGUAGCUCCUUGGAAUCUGUCUCUUUCUAUCACAUCCCUAGAGAAUGGAAUACCGUGGCUGACUGCUUGGCGAAGUGGGCCUCAGAGAAAGGGGAUGGUUGGGAUAUCAGUCGUAGGGGGAUCCUGCUCUUUCCGUCCACGGUGGUGAGCGAUGGUGGAGGAUCGUCGGCGACUCCCGGCAAUGACAGACAUCCAGGUGUGUUCUCUCCAUUAAAAGCAUUAGAUAGCAUGGAAUUAAAUGUAAGUCCUGGCUUCGGCCUCCCUCCCAAUCCCGUACCCUCCUCGCAUGCGAGCGGACUUGAAUGCCCGUCUGAUGGCAAUAAUACUACCUUGCCCAUCCCACCCAAACCAGUCACUGCUAUUCCUACCAGACCCAAAACAUUUUCGGAAGCGGUUUCGAACGCAGGCUUUGCGGUGGAUGUUAGUGCUAGGUUCCUCUGCCCCGCCUCCUAUGGAGCCUCCAACACCAGUAAGGGCCCUGGGGUUGCUGAUAACCCUUUCUCUGUUUUGCCAAAUCCUGAAAUGCUGGUUGAAAUAUUGAAUGAAAAAAAUAGACUUAGGAAUUAUGCUAUUUUUUUCUCUGCUGUCGAACUGGAUAAGUGCCCUCCACGCAAGUUUCUUGACGACUGGUUUCACAAUUAUUGGAGUUUGAAACUAGGUUUCCACAUAUCUUUUUGCAGACAAAUACAGAGGGGCCUAUAUGUUAUUUUCUUUGUCUCGCAGGAAGCACAGGCCGAAGUUGUUAAAAAACAAUACUGGAAUGUUGGCUCCACUUCAUUCCGCGCUCUGGCAUGGUCACCAGAAGCCAUACACGAUGAAGUUAUAGCUCUCUCCGCCCCUAGGUGGAUUCUGGUUAAACAUGUCCCUCCCUACCUAUGA